ACCGAACCUAGGGGAAGGGCCGAACGGGGACGAAGGCUGUCUGAAUCCCGCCCCUCGCAAGGCAGCCCGAACGACUCCGAGGGAGCCAACGACGAAGUUGUUCGUGCGAUCCCGCCCCGCGCGAAAACCAACGGACGGCAGUUUGCUGACACUCGCGAAGCCCCGAGUGAAGCUGCGCAAAGGCUGCUGGGAUGCUGGGGAGGAAUUGAGGCGGGGCGGGGCGGAAUGGAAAUAUGGCGGCCGUGAGGCGAGGAAGAACAUCAUCUGUUCUAUCAUCUGUUCCCUUACAGAUACUUUUCUAUUUGAAUGGAGCUUAUUAUUUGUUUUACUUCUUUGCAACCUUACUGAUGAUUAUUUAUAAAAGUCAAGUUUUCACUUACCCCGAUAAUUUAUUAAUGCUUGAUCUGAUCUUGUUGUUCGUUAUGGCAAUUCUAGAAGCAAUCCGACUAUACUUUGGCACUAAAGGAAAUUUGACAGAAGAAGAAGCUCCCCUGGGUGUUAGCCUUGUGAUCACUGUUGGCAGCGUGGUUCUGACUGUCUACUUUCUGGUGUGGCAAACUUACAUCCUGAGAGCAGAUGUUGUAAUUAAUGUCAUGAUGCUUGUUAUGUAUGGACUUGAAGGGAUCCUACAAAUCAUAGCCAUUGCUGCAUUUAUCAGCUAAUUCAUACUGCUGACAGGGGUAUAGCUGUCUUGUGUAUUUUCUUCAAAAAGCAUUCAUCUUUUAAAUUAUAUCCUUGUAAAAGUACAUGCGGUUAAUGUUCUUAUGUUUAAAACAUUGGUAAGAAAUGUCACUCCUCCUACUGCAAAGUUUUUAAGGCUUUCAGUAACAAGCAUGCAACAUCAUUCAACAGUCUAUGCUUACAAUAGUGUUUGGGGUUGAAUGUUUAUACCUAGAUCAAAACUGAUUGACAUUUUCUGUGGCAAACAAGCUUGUUGUUUGCCCAUAGUAUAUCUUUGCUUAGCACCAUUGUAUUGCAGGGAGAGGUGUAUUUCUCUAGAACCACAGGCAUGUACAGCAGAUGUAUGCCAGAAACCCAUGAGUUAAAUCCAACAUUAGUUCUACUUAAAAUAGGCACAUUGAAAUGAGUAGAAUGUACGUUAGUAAUGCUAACUUGGGCCUACUCUAAGUAGAACUAACACAGGAUUUAACCUCCUGAAGUUCCCCACUGGAUGUUCACCACAUGCUUGUGGAUGUUGAGCUGCCAAUUAAAUGUUAGGCAUGGUCACUGGGAGGCACACAGUGAAUAGUAAAUGCUUAGUAAAGAGUGAGGCAUCCUUCAGAAUAAGCAAAAGCCAGAGCCAUCCUCUUAUGUUUUGCUGCUUCAGCUGAUUACACAUUUCAACGGAAUAAGUUUUAUUUGUUAAUGAAUCAGACACUCUGCCUAUACAUUUAAUGUACACAUUUCAAAAGCAUAUAAUUUUGUUAAAUUACCUGGAAAUGGCUUAGUUGUACAUGUUAAAAUAAUAUGAGUAUAUUAGCAGACCUAGUGGAACUGCUAGAUUUAUUUAAGUGAACCUUUGAUUUCAGGGUUAAGUCAGUAGUAUUUUUUUCAACUAAAUAGGAAAUAGAAAGAGGGUUGGUUCAGUUCGGUUCGGUUCAGACAUGAUGCAUUCCAUGAACAAUUCGUGGUCUUUCAUACUGUUUCUUUUCUCCUCCACAUGUUUUCCAGUUUCCUUCUUUUUUAUGGCAGAUCAUAGUUUGCUUUUACAUUUGGAUCAGACAUACUGUGGUUUAUAUAAAUCAUAUUUUCCUACAAACGAGAAUUUGAAACCACAGUUUGAACCUGUUUUCUAGUUCUUGUUUGCAGGAACAUUGCCUGUUCUCUGUGUGGUAGCUAGCUGAAAAAGAGGAAUUCAGGGAGGGCUUGGUCUGAACCAUCCCAGCAAAGUCUUUAAGCAUGGAUCCCUUUCCAAGGCAAAUAGUAUUCUCAUGUGCCAAAUUUCUUGUUAAAAUCAGAAUUAAAGGUUCAAAUAAUUGUUCAAAAAAGUAUUUGCUAAGUGUUUACAAUAAUACCCAGCUUGCAUUUAGUGGGUAAGUGUGGAUUAAAUAACUGAUAAUUAGACAUGGCUGCAUCAAAAUGAGCAAACACUUGCUUCUGUUUCAUUUAGCUUUGUAAACCUCUGCCCCCAAGUUAAACCCAGAGUUAUAACUACCAAUUUUGUUGUGAAGCGAAAACAUAAACAAUCCAGAGUAGCAGGUUCAGACACUAUGGGGUAUUCCUGUUUCAUUUACAAUGUAAAAAUGGAAGCAUCAAGCUCAUAGAAAGCAGUGAACUCACUCCUGCUGCAUUCUGGCAAUUCAUGGAUACUGUAUUUUGGUCAUUCCACCUGUGAAAUUACUGCAGUUUUGUUUUCAUGUCUGAUAUGAGAACCAAGUCUUAUUACUCCAGUCUUGAUAUAGUUGAAAGUAUUUUCAGUGCAAGUGCCAUAUAACCCUUUGGAAGCAUGAACUACAAAUUAAUCUUGGAACUGCAGUAUUCAAUGUUUUUUCUUUCAUUUUGAAAUAUGUCACCUUUGUUUAUAAUAGUUAUCUUGGUUUUUUUCUACUUAGGAUUUUGUUGUUGAAAUAAAUAAGUAUAUUAGAAUUGUAUUUU